AUGACGACAGAAGAAAACCAGUGCAAAGAGCAGUGGCAUCGGUCACGCCGCGACGGUUCAAUACACAGCGGCAAGGAAAACCUGCAAAGUAGCUUUCAAGUGCACAACGUCACAAUGUCGAGCAGUGUCGAUGUUGAAAUGGCUGGUGGAAGUGCAGUACCUACCACAACCGUAGGGUUACCUACAAGACGGGUGAGCUUGCCACGGAAUGACGUUGCCUGGAAGAACAUUUCUCGAUUUGGAGCUGCAGCUUCUGUUUUCGCCAAUAAUUCAACGUUCAGCGAUUUGUGCUGCGUAUCUCUCUUGCAGCCUGUACCCCGCGCCACCUGUGAGAAUAACGCUACUUCAACUGAAAACAAACAGUGUCAAGCAGAUGGGCUUCCAGAUGACUGGAAUGUAAGUCAAAAAUGUACUGGAAAAGUCUUCCAACGCAAUGUGGUCGACCGUGUUCAUUUGUGUGAUUUUUCCUUCAAUAUUCCCAUGCCUAUCAUCCUAUUUAUUCUAAGGUACGCCGUAAAAUGCGAGAAGCCUCAUUGGAGUCCCUUCUAG